AAAUUUUUUGCGAUACAGUCUCUGAAAUAAAUUAUAAUAUAAUUUAUAAAUCAUCAAAUAAAUUUAGUGGGAUUUUCAUUUAAAAAUGGAAAAUGAUAUAAUCGAUUCCCUGAACGAUAUUAAAUAUUCUGGGAAAUUGAAUGUUCCUGAAAAUUUAGAAAAAGCUGUGGUAGGUGGUUCAAAAGAUGUUGAAUAUACUAAAUUAGUUAGCUAUUUAUCAAAAGAAAUAAAAUCAUUAUAUAAAUUGGAUGAAGAAGUCAAUCCAAUCCAAACGGCAGCUGAUUCCAGUGCAUUUUUAAUGGAGCUGAGCUCUUUUUUGAAAGAAAUUGGUUGCCCGUAUGAAAGUCUUACGACAGGACACUUAAGUGAUCGCUUAAACAAUAAAUAUGAUAAAUUAUUACUACUAGACUAUUUACUAAGUGAAUUAAUGGCUGCACGCAUGCUUAAACUUUCAAAUUCCUCUUCAGGUGAUAAAAACGAAUUGUCUUUAACAUUGCAUGAAACUGAUACAGCAAGAGAUUUAAAAAAUUUAUUGGUUGCAUUACAAUUUAAUAAACCUCCUCCGAAUAUAACAGCAGCACAAUUGUUUCAAAAAGUUGAAACAAAAGUACGUGAUUCGCUUAGUAAAUGUAGAAAUGAUUUAAUUGGCAAACCAGCAUUUAAUGGCCAUUUAUCGGAGAAACAAUGGGAUAGUUUAACUUUAUUACAACAAAAAUUACACGAUGAGUAUACGAUAAGACGUGAAAUGUUAGUUAAACGUCUAGAUGUGACCAUUCAAGGUUUUCAAUGGUCAGAUCGAAUGAAAGGUAAAGAAGCUACGAUUCAAGAUAUUUAUAAGAAACAUGCCGCUUCAAUGACUACAAUACCCGAUGUUGAUAUUAGUGAUUUGCUAGCGGCACGUGAUGAUAUUACAAUUAUAGAAAAGACAAGUAGUGCUUCAGUACGAAAAAAUACUCAAACGUCGAUCAAUAAAGUGAUGAUUGGAAGUGUUCCUGAUCGAGGAGGUCGUCCUAACGAACAAGAACCUCCUCCACCAGAAAUGCCUUCAUGGCAACAGCGUAACACUGGAGGAGGCGGUCGAGGGGGUGGCGGGGGUGGUCGUGGAGGUGGAGGCCGAGGAAGUGGAAACCAAGGAGGUUACGGUGGUGGUAACCAAGGAGGAUAUGGUGGUGGAAAUCAAGGAGGCUAUAGUGGAGGAAAUCAAGGAGGUUAUGGUGGAAGCAAUCAAGGUGGUUAUGGUGGGGGAAAUCAAGGAGGAAAUCGUGGAGGUCAAAGUGGAUAUGGAGGUGGUAAUCAAGGCGGAUAUGGUGGAGGAAAUCAAGGAGGAUACGGUGGUGGUGGAGGUGGAAAUCGUGGGCAAAGUUAUGGUGGUAAUCGAGGUGGUAGUGGAGGAACUUACAAUACAUAUAACCAACCAACUUCCGGUUCGUACGCUGAUCAAUACGUUCAAGAUAGUUCGCGUAAUCAGGAAUAUAGUAAUUAUAAUAGAGGUGGCGGUGGGCGCGGAGGUGGGGGCGGUGGCCGAUCAAAUUAUAAUCGUGGUGGUUAUCGUUAAAUAUCGCGAUUAACAUAUUUAAAUUAAGUUAUUACACAAACUAAAAAAAUGAUCAUCGAAAUUCUUAUGAAAUUCUUUGGAAUGUUUUGAAAUUUAAUCGAUAGUUGAGAAAAUUUUUAGUUUGUAAUGGUCUUUGCUCCUUUCGAUUUUUGGAAUAAAAAUUGAUGUUAAUAAAAUUACGAAAUUUUUAUU